UUCGAAUAUGAAGGAAUCACACGUACUUCUUCAACUGUUGUCUUGAUGCCCAAUGCGACAAUCUUGCCUGAACAGACAACGUUGACUGUCCAUGAGGGGGAAGAUGUUACACUCGAUGUUGUCACCAAUGUAGAUGACUUCCGGUGGCGGUUUAAUGGAGAUGUUGUACCGGACAGUAGAAGAAAGCAGAGUCUACCCUUGGCGAACGUGAGGCUAAACCAAGCUGGGGUAUAUAAGUGUUUUUUAGUUGGAAAACGAUGGGAUGCAGGAAAUGCAAUACUCCUUCUUCAUGUCGUCAGAUGCCCAGCUUAUCGUUGGGGAUCUGAAUGUGAACAUACCUGUACUGAGUGUCUCAAUGGAGGCAAGUGCGAUGCAGACUCAGGAGAGUGUGUAUGUCCUCCUGGUUUCAAAGGGACAACAUGUGAACACGUCCUGGGCAGCAACCGGUUUGGGCAGGAUGGCAGCUUUUCUUGUGAUACCUUAGGAGAUGAUCACAGUCCAGGGUGUCGGGGGAAACUCUUCUGCCUACCAGACCCCUUUGGAUGCACCUGUGCAGCAGGAUUCAUGGGAAUCAAUUGUACAACAGAAUGUAACCCAGGAACGUAUGGAGCCAAUUGUUUGCAAGAGUGCCACUGCUCUUCAACUAACAUAUGUACCAAGGAUACAGGAGAAUGUAACGAUAGGACUGCGUGUCAAGACGGCUGGACUGGUGUCAACUGUCAAGUUCGAAGUUCCCCCAUUCAGGACGUUGACGAUGAUACACCGAUUCCCGGUACAAAAUCGACAAGUUCUGGUACCACUUCUUCAAUCAUCCCCACCUUUGAAACCACUCCUGUUAUAACUGAAGCUACUACUAGUGCUACCACUCCUGCUCCCACUACCGUCCCCCCUCAGCCGAUUCCGUCUUCUGCCAUAGAGAGCUUCUUCUACACCAAGGUUAACAAUGGCGAACUUACAACAUUGGUUUGUAUCGUGACAGGAUCACCUCCACCGACCUCUGAAAACAUCAGCGUCACCUAUGCAGCCGGUGCACAUGAAGGGAUUGUCUUUCUGGAGACCAAUGUCACUGAAUCAACCAGGACAUCCCGAUACCAGGUUAGCGUGAGUCUCGGUGAGGCACCUCGGAAUUUCAUGUGUCUUUUGCGCAGACCGGACGGGGAAAGUGUCUCGAAAGAUCUGGCUGUCUCUGUUUAUGAACCUCUAACCUUUGAUGAAGCUAACAUACUCGUCCAAGACACGACUUCUCACUCGAUCACCAUAACAUGGACACCUUCGAAUGAGAAUAAUGAUCAUGGUGAUGGGCCAGUGAUUGGAUAUCGAGUCUACUACACCACACACGGACAGGAUGACACAGCCAGGGCUUCAAGCGAUCUCAUCAGAGAUACAACUUUCACCAUCACUAAUUUGACACGGGACACAGAGUAUGAUUUCAGAGUGACUGCUUCUAGAGAGGGGCCAUCGGGAGAGGGGACAUUCAGCUCAGUAGAAAGAGCUAGGACAAAGUGUACUGUCCCUUCUGAGGCGCCUGUGUUGUCUGUGAGCAAUAAUGGUCGAACAUUCAUCACUUUGGAUUGGAAGGUAAUACCAGAGGAAUCAUGGGGAUGCAGUGCCCUUUCUGGAUUAGAAAUCAAUGUUAGCACCGAUGGACAAAAUGGCUUGCCUCGAACCUUGUCAUUUGAUACUACUGCGGAUACUGCUAUCAUUGGACAGCUUGAGGAUUGUACUACGUAUAACAUCAACGCAGCAUUUAGAAACAAAGACGAGUUGGGGAUCUCUUCAGAAAUGUUGUCAGUGAGCACGUCUUUGAUACUACCCGCAAGUGUAGGAGUCCUACACAUGUCAAAUUCAACCACACAAAUUGAAGUAAGCUGGGCACUAUCAUCUGGUCUAUGCUCCCCUGACUACUAUAUCAUACGCUACAGUCUCUAUCAGAAGCUUGCCUGCCAAUCACUAGAAACCACCUCAUCAGAGUUUGAAGUGAACACCAACGUCACACAAUACAAUAAUCUAGUGGGGUUGGAGCCUUACUCGCGAUACAAGAUCACAGUUAUAGCUGUAAAUGGUGCCGGGCAGAGUGAACCCACGAUUGGCUAUUUAGAUACCAGCCCGGGACCACCGUCCAACAUUACAAAUGUCAGGGUCUCCAACACGAUUAGGAUUCACAUGGCAACCUCUCAACUGUAG